AUGACAAAUUUCUCUAAUAUUCUCCUUGAAGACUUCUUUAAAGUGUUCAUUUCUAUUUACUUGACGAAGGAUGGGUUUAUAAAAUUCACCGCAGUUACUGGGAGUGUUCUUUUAAGCCCAUAUGUAUUUGCUAAGGCAGUAACAAAAUUAGGAUUUACUAAAGCCGGUAUUACAGCCGGAUCCAUUGCAGCAUGGAUGAUGUCAUUACACCGUGGAUAUGUCCCCGCAGGUGGUCCUGUGUCAACUUUACAAUCUGUUGGUGCCUCCGGUUUAGGUUUUAGAGGAACUGCCGCAUGUUUAGGUGGCGCUUUAGGUGUGGCAGUUGUUAUUGCAAUAAAAAAAGAAUCAGAAACUUUUCUUAUCAUUAAAUGCGAAAAUAAUGAGCAUCCAAUAGUGAUUUUGGAGAUCAAUGUUAAGAGUAACGAGAAUAAAAAGUUACUAUCAAUUCUAGAAGGAUUUGUCUUGGCACAGAAAGUUGUCGAAAAAAGAGUUAGACACUUCAAAUUUAUCAUUGGAGAAGGAUCAGAUAUUUUGCAGAGCUUUUUGGUUGAUAAAUAUGGUAGUGCUGCUUUAACUUUGACGCAAAACGGUUUUCUUCUGAUUCUGAGAGAUUUUAGUAGCAAAAUCUGA